AUGGUUUAUUCUUUCUUUGACCAUGGUGACAUAUCAUGCAACACCCAAGGAAAUUUCUCUCUUCCCCGAGGAGAUGUUUAUGGAGGAAUUCCAGUGAAUUUACUUCUUAAUUUUGUUGGUUGGCUGGCUCUACUUUUGUUAUUUUCCAUUUUAAGAAGACUGGCUUGGGACUAUGGCAGAAUUGCUUUGGUCAGUCGGAAUGAGGAUAACAGAGAUCCUGUCAGUGGUGCUGGAAAUCAGUACAAUAUAUGGACCACUCUAUUCUAUGGCAGUCAUGAUCCAACUGCAGAAGGUUCAACAGAGUCCCUUGAUGCCACUCUGCACUCUCAAGAUAGAGGAUUUGGUUCUUGGAUUCCUGCAUUUAUCCGUGUUAAGGAUGCAGACAUUUUGCGUAAAAGUGGCCGUGAUGCUGUCCAGUACCUCUCAUUUCAAAGAUACCUUAUGGUUUACUUAGGCGUCAUUUGUGCCAUUUCCACAGCAGUUGUUUUACCAGUCAAUUUCCAAGGAACUCUUAUUAGUAACUCUACAGAUUUUGGGCGCACAACUAUGGCCAAUGUAGAACCUAGUUCCCAGAUACUAUGGAUUCAUGUUCUCCUUGCAAUUAUAUAUUUAUUGAUUGCGGCUUUCUUUAUGCAACAUUUUUCACAAAAUUUGCAAUUUGAAGAAGAUGAUCAGGUCUCUAGGACUUUGAUGAUUACAAACAUUCCUAAAGACAAAUGUUUCAAAAGUAUUAUAUUACAGCACUUUCAAGAAUCCUACCCAGAAGCAUCUACCGUGGAUAUUCAGUUUGCUUAUGAUAUCACUAAGCUAGUAAAGUUAGAUACUCAAAGGGCAAGAGCUGCUGAAGCAAAACUGAACUCUGAAAGAGAAUUUCAUAAAAUUGGUGAACGUCCGCUUUUGCGUCCAUAUCCUUGUGGUCAGUUGUGCUGCUGCAAUAUUUGUGGAUGUAAAAGUGUGGAUAGCAUUGAUUUCUAUUCUAUGGAGGAAGAGAAAUUAUUAAAUGAAGUUGAGACAGAAAAAGUCCGUGCAUAUCAAAGACCUUUAGGAAUGGCCUUUGUUACUUUAUCAGCAGACCUUAUGGCAGAAAAAAUUUAUUUAGACUUCCAAGCCAUCUGUAAAGGAGUUCACAAUUCAACACCUUCAUCUGUUAGCCAAGAGCUCAAUGUUGCUUAUUGGCAAGUGCGCUAUGCUCCAUCACCAACCAACAUUCACUGGGAAAAUCUUUCCAUUUCAGUUUGGAAAUGGUGGAUAAGGGCAUUUGUGAUCAACACUUGUCUUUUGAUUCUCUUGUUCUUUUUAACUACCCCUGCCAUUAUCAUGAACCAGCUUAAUGAGAUUAAUUAUCAAAAAGCACUUGCUGAUCUGCAUAAUCAGUUACUGGUCCAAUUUUUGCCCACUGUCCUUAUUUGGACAUUUUCUGCUCUACUACCCAUCAUUGUAUAUUACUCUGAUCAGUACAUUGGACAUUGGACAAGGAGUGCUGAACACCAUGCUGUUAUGAGAAAAACUUUUAUAUUUCUUGUGUUCAUGGUACUUAUUUUGCCAUCUUUAGGUCUUACCAGUGCCAAAGCAUUAUUUGAAUGGGCAAUAAAGGAUAAACAGCAUCGUUAUAGAUGGCAGUGCAUUUUUGUAGCUGGGAAUGGUGCUUUCUUUGUGAAUUAUGUGAUAACCUCUGCAUUUAUUGGCACUGGAUUGGAACUGAUGCGUUUCUCUGAGUUGUUCAAUUAUUGCAUACGUAUAAUGUGUGCUCGAUCCUCAGCAGAAAGGACUGCUGUACGUAAGGCUGUGAUCUGGGAAUUCCAGUUUGGUUGUCAGUAUGCAUGGAUGCUGUGUAUCUUUUCUGUGAUAGUCACUUAUAGCAUCCCAUGCCCCAUGGUUACACCAUUUGGUCUGAUUUACCUAACUAUGAAGCACAUGGUGGAUAGAUACAACAUAUACUUUGCAUAUAAACCUUCACGUAUCAGCAAACAGAUUCACACUACAGCUGUGAAUUUUGUCAUUGUUUCUGUAAUCUUUUUACAAAUCAGUAUUGUCUUCUUUACUGCUUUGCGUGUUGAUUCACUACAACCAACAUUUUUAUUCUCCACUGUAGCAUUAGCUUUUACUCUCAUUAUAUUUUGUGGUCGUAUCAGCUUUGGUUGGUUCAAAAGAUUUACUCCAAACUAUAAGAGAGCUCCUACAGACUCAGAUGAUGAAGCCUCAUACCAGCAUUUGACAACUGAGAUAAAAGGAAAAGAACAAAGCAAGCCAUUUGUUGCAAAAGUGUUACAACCCAAUCAAGAUGAUGUGAGUCAAGAUGGUGCACCUGGUUGCACAAGUACAUAUGGUGCCCUUGCCUCCACCAACAAUGCUGCUCUUCUUGAAGACUGA